CGUGCCCGGCGCACCCGCUGGGCCUUGCGCGUGUCCCCGCACGCACGUCUGCGCCCGAGCAGCCCCUGCCGGGGUUUCCCGGCCCUCCAGGAUCAGGAUGUCCUUCCAGGGCAAGAAGAGCAUCCCUCGGAUCACGAGUGACCGCCUUCUGAUCAAAGGUGGGAAGAUUGUGAAUGAUGACCAGUCCUUUUAUGCUGAUUUGUACGUGGAAGAUGGUUUGAUUAAACAAAUUGGAGAAAACCUUAUUGUACCUGGGGGCAUCAGAACCAUCGAUGCACACGGCCUGAUGGUCUUGCCUGGUGGAGUUGAUGUCCACACCCGGCUGCAGAUGCCUGUGCUGGGCAUGACCCCAGCUGACGACUUCUGUCAGGGAACCAAGGCGGCCCUGGCAGGCGGGACCACCAUGAUAUUGGACCACGUGUUCCCUGACGCGGGCGUGAGCCUGCUGUCGGCCUAUGAGCAGUGGCGGGAGCGAGCAGACAGUGCGGCUUGCUGCGACUACUCCCUGCACGUGGACAUCCCCCGCUGGCACGAGGGCACCAGGGAGGAGCUGGAGGUCCUGGUCAAGGACAAGGGUGUGAACUCCUUCCUGGUUUUUAUGGCAUACAAGGACAGGUACCAGUGUACAGACGGCCAGAUGUAUGAGAUCUUUAGCCUCAUCCGGGAUCUGGGAGCUGUGGCCCAAGUGCAUGCGGAGAAUGGUGAUAUCGUUGAAGAGGAACAGAAGCGGCUGCUGGAACAAGGCCUCACGGGCCCUGAGGGCCAUGUGCUCAGCCACCCCGAAGAGGUAGAGGCAGAGGCUGUGUUCCGAGCUGUCACCAUUGCCAAGCAGGCCAACUGCCCACUGUAUAUCACAAAGGUGAUGAGCAAGGGUGCGGCUGACAUGGUUGCCCAAGCAAAGCGCAGAGGAGUAGUUGUCUUUGGGGAGCCCAUCACUGCCAGUCUGGGCACCGAUGGCUCACACUACUGGAGCAAGAACUGGGCCAAAGCUGCAGCCUUCGUCACUUCACCUCCCAUCAACCCAGACCCGACCACUGCAGACCACCUCACCUCUCUGCUGUCCAGUGGGGACCUCCAGGUGACAGGAAGCGCACACUGUACCUUCACUACUGCCCAGAAGGCCGUUGGCAAAGACAACUUCACACUGAUCCCUGAGGGUACUAAUGGUGUAGAAGAGCGCAUGUCCGUGGUCUGGGAGAAGUGUGUGGCCUCAGGGAAGAUGGACGAGAAUGAGUUCGUUGCUGUGACCAGUACAAAUGCUGCCAAAAUCUUCAAUUUCUACCCCAGAAAGGGGCGUGUGGCUGUGGGCUCUGAUGCUGAUCUGGUUAUCUGGAACCCCAGGGCCACGAAAGUCAUCUCUGCCAAGACCCACAAUCUGAACGUGGAGUACAACAUCUUUGAGGGCGUGGAGUGCCGCGGAGUGCCCUCAGUGGUCAUCAGUCAGGGCAGAGUGGUGCUGGAGGAUGGGAAUCUGUUCGUUACGCCUGGGGCUGGCCGCUUCAUUCCCCGGAAGACAUUCCCAGACUUUGUCUACAAGAGGAUAAAGGCUCGCAACAGGCUAGCAGAGAUCCAUGGUGUGCCCCGAGGCCUAUAUGAUGGGCCAGUCCAUGAGGUGAUGGUACCCGCAAAGCCAGGGAGUGGCCCUCAGGCCCGCGCAUCCUGCCCUGGCAAGAUCUCAGUGCCACCAGUGCGGAACCUACACCAGUCGGGGUUCAGCCUAUCUGGCUCUCAGGCGGAUGAUCACAUUGCCAGGCGCACGGCUCAGAAGAUCAUGGCGCCCCCUGGUGGACGCUCCAACAUCACGUCUCUUUCCUAGACCUCCUGGACUUGGGGGUCCAGCAAGUUGGUGCUGUACCCACCAAUGGGUGCCGUGGGGACCGCUCACCUCAGUUAGCCUUUUCCUUUGUAGAAGUUACUGUGAAAGGUGCUCUCGGCCUUGCCCUUCUUCACCCCACAAACUCUCCUGGGGUCCUAGAUCCUACUAUGAAGCAGCCCCACUCAAGGGCUGAAUCUGGGGAGACUUCACUGCCAAGGUGAGGAUCUUGGGCAUGGUGGUGACCAGGUGCCUCAUGCCCACUUGGCCUCACCAUGAAAGUGCUUCAUGGGAGAAGCUGUCCACUUAAAGCCUGGAAGGUCCAGGACCAGGCAGGUGGGCGUUUACUGCCUCUUCCCCGACAUGAAUCACUGCCCCGUGGCAGUCCCAGGGCUUCCACCUGUCCCAUGGCACUGAGGUGCAGCACACCUCAGGGGCCUGUCCCCCUGUCCACCCUGAUGCAGGGAGGAGAGCAGGUGAGUGGCGCCUCCGCCUUGCGGAGCUGCUGUGACUUCAGGGAUCCACCGGGUUACUCGGCCUAGGGCGGCUCCCUCCCGCACAGGGACUCGUGUGUAUACCCUUCCAUGGGCCAAACCUGCGCUCCUGUAGCAGUCCACCUCUGGGAAGUCUUAUGAUCCGUUAGCUGAGACACCCUUCUCUUACUACAAACUGCAUUUCCAUAGGUUUGUUAGAGUAGCAGUUAGUUUUGUACGGUGAGGAAACCAUAGCCAGGGGCUGCAUGCUGCUGAACCAGACGGGCUGUCGUCCAAGCCUGAUGUGAGCUGGAUCAAUAAAAGACGUCUGGGUUAAAAACA